AUGAAAAACUUAAGAGUAGGAGCACUUCUUUUUGUAUUACUCUUUCUUGCUACUCAUUUCUCAGAAGCUAGACUUCAAGCAUGCAAUCCAAGUGGCAAAAUAAUUGGAAAAAAGCCACCUCCGGGACAAUGCAACCCGCAAAAUGACUCUGAUUGCUGUAAACAGGGGAAGUCUUACCCCACCUACAAGUGUUCACCCUCUGUGUCUGGAAGCACUAAGGCAGUUCUCACAAUUAACAGUUUCGAGAAGGGUGGAGAUGGAGGCGCACCAUCAGAAUGUGACAACAAGUACCACUCCGAUAACACACCAGUCGUUGCACUGUCAACUGGAUGGUACAGUGGAGGGUCAAGGUGCCUUAACAAUAUCACAAUAAGUGCUAAUGGCAGGAGUGUAACAGCUAUGGUCGUCGAUGAAUGUGAUUCUACCAUGGGAUGUGACGAUGACCAUGAUUAUCAGCCUCCAUGUCCUAAUAACAUUGUUGAUGCCUCCAAGGCUGUCUGGAAAGCCUUAGGAGUACCUGAAGAUAACUGGGGCGAGUUGGACAUUACUUGGUCUGAUGCCUAGUAAAAUUAAUACUGUUUUCAAGUUAUGAUAUUGUAAAAUGAUAUGCCAUGUAUAUAUACUGAAGCAUAUCUAGUACAUAUUUACUGUCUCAAUCACUGGUAUGCUUCCUUUCAUAUAGUGAUUCCUUAAUGCAUGAAAGACGAAAAUAUAUCUUUGUAUGAU